CGAACCUUGGGACAGGCGUCUCCCGCGUAGGAAGGUAUCCUGCCUCGUGCUGUGCGGCGUCUUGGAAGGUCGAUCAACGAGAAGAGCAAAAAGGGGCGACCGACCGCCGCGAUUCCGCGCUGAAGCUGAAACCAGCUUGUAAUCGAACAAACACACACGAGUCUGAACGGUGCCAAGCCUCCGGCGCCCGGAGCGUGGCAUUGGGGCGGCGGCCGAACGGCCGCCACGAGGGGCCCAGCACCAAUCCGGGAACGCCGUGCGGAGCUUCGGAAGCCUUUUAUGGUUGACACGAAAGACCCUCUGGGGUUAGGGCACUGACGAUCAGGGUGCGCAUGCACGGCCGGGACCACAGUGCCUUGUCGAUGUCGGGAAGGCGACGCGGGCGCGCACCGAGGCCCCGCGAACCCCGCGAACACCGCGCGGCUGCACAGCAGGAGAGGGAGGAGGGACAGGAGUGGGACAAGGAGGAUGACUGGGUGAGCAGGAGCAGGAUCGGGGAUGGACAGCCUGGAAAAUAACGGCCGCGGCGCCCUCUCGAGAACCGAAAACGGACAAUUCACUAAUCGACGUGUCACUGUUGGGGGUUCUAUCCACCCCCGACAGGAAUGGACAGCAAAAACACGUGCACAAACAAACACUUCCGGAGCUCCGAACGGAGAUCUUGGAUCGUCGCUGGACCCACCUGGCGGCGCCUCCAGCGCUUCGCCCGGUGGGCUCCGCGCGCCAGUGAGGGAAGGUCCAGCGCCAAUCCAAGAAAUCCGCGCGGACCUCCGAAAAGAAGUUCGUGCGGCUUCUUCGUCUUCGAAGGACUGGAGGGAGGAAGAAGGAUGACGAGGACAAGGAGGGGUGCACAACUGGGCCCGUAGCGCAAAAAAGCCAGAGGAUUGAUGGCAACCGUGUCGCGCCACCUCCGGCCCGUGGCGCCGGGCGAAACCCUCCAGCAAUGCGCAACGCGCACUUGCCAAAAAGCACAGAGGCUACGUGGAGGAUCAGGAGGGGAGAUGAGGGAUGAGAGAGAGGAGGAGGAGAACGACGAGGAGGACGAGGAGGAGGCGGAGGCCGACGAGGAAGGCAUCACGCCGUCUGUGGACAGCUUAGCCACAUCGUUUGGGGGGGGGGGCCCGCGUGCAGGGCAGAUCCCGCCAGGCAUCUGUGUGCGACAAGAAAGCGCCUGGCGGCACGAUCAGUCGGCGAAGCCGCCGCCCACAAGGGUCACGCGCGCUUACAGAGGCUGCCGAGUGAGAGCAGAGCGCUCCUGCCGAGUGAACCACUGGCGAUUUACUCCCUCCCUCCCCC